AUGCUCAUGGUGGGCAGAGAACGACGUGCAGCGGCCUAUGCGCAGGAGUGCUAUAACCACGAUUCCGAUACGAACGUCAAAGCCACGAAUUGCGACUUCUUCUAUAACUCAACCAUCGGAUAUGGAGUGCAAGAAGAUAAAUGUCCCUUUGACAGGACCGACAUAUGCGUUGAUGGCUAUCAACCCGGCUCGGCUAUCACUUUCGAUACCAACUGGGUCAAUUCAGGAGUAUUAGGUAUCAACGAGGAACUCAUGCACAAAUUCCGACGCAAAACAACUUGUGCGCCACUAAGCGCAGAGCGGCCUUUUGUGCAACACUUCACCAACAGCGGGACGGGCGAGUCCGGGUACAAGUACUUUUAUGGGUCGCUCUACGACACGAGGAACUGCUCGGACGAAGUGCAUGCUCCUCCAACUGUGCUCUCCGAAUACACUAUGCGUAUAACGGGCCAUCCGUUUGACUGGCAAGCGCCAGUAUACAAAGUCAAUACAUACGCCACCUCGUUGCUCGACCCGACAUGCGACUUCUACCAGCCGUCACCCGAUCUGCAAGCUCCAGGUUUAUUGCCACACCGAAGCAGGACCCUGAGCCUCAUCUUCGUGACAGCUCUGCGCAUUCUUUACACCAAGCGCAGUAACGACCCCGUCUUCCCCGCCGACAAAGCCUUCCAGUACCCUGGAGACAAAGGGUUCUACUACUACAACUCGCAGCCAAAAGCACGAGCAUUUGCCUGCAUAGACGAGACCAUCUUCUGUGCACCAUCGGGCUCUCCAUGCUGGCAUGCGAACGACCCAAUACCAGCUGGCGGGUCCAAUACAUCAACCUACUGGUUCUUGAACGGCCUACUAGCUCAGCAGCGCGUUGGCCAGUCUCGAUCGAUGCCAUUAGCUGACAAUCAUUGGCAACUGGAAGCCGAGCAUCUCUUCAAGACAUCUCUCGCAAGAGCUCAGUUUGACGCUUGGAGCAUUGCAAGUGCAGAGGAUCACGACAACCCAACAUACACUGACACACUUCCUGAUGAGGCGAGGGGAAACAUGUGCGGUCUCUUCAAGUUCCAAGCAUCUGGCUACAUCAACAUUCGUAUACUGCCAUUUGUAUGGUUGAUGCUAGCCUGGCCGCUGAUGUUGCUCUUGAGCAUCGAGAUCAAGACAUAUGCACAAUCAUGGUAUACGAUGAAGUCCUGGAUCGUCAGUAUGAAGAAUCCAGACAUCAACCCUAUCACGGGAUCCAAGCACCCUCACACUACCGGCUACCGCGACCACAUCUUCGCGGGACGACAACGCAACUGCGAUAAAUGA